AUGGCUUCCCACGACGAAAAACAACAUAUAGAAACACCAAGUACCCAAGACCACAAGCUCAAACAAGCGCCCUCCAACGGCAGCAUCAUCCAAGGCACAAUAACUCACACCUCCCAACUCCACCGCAAGCUAGGUAACCGUCAAAUCCAGCUUAUCGCCAUAGGUGGCUCAAUCGGAACAGCGGUCUUCGUCUCCAUCGGCACUGGCCUCGCCCAUGGUGGCCCAGGAAGUCUUUUCCUCGCCUACACAUUAUACGCUGUCAUGGUAGGCCUUGUGAAUAACUGCAUGGCUGAGAUGGCGGUGCAGCAUCCGGUGUCUGGUGCUUUCAUUAGAAUGGCGGGACACUGGGUUGAUGAAGCCUUUGGGUUUAUGGUUGGGUGGAAUUUCUUCUUGUAUGAGGCUCUUUUAGUGCCGUUUGAGAUAUCGGCUCUAAAUGUUGUGCUUAAGUUUUGGAGGGAUGAUAUACCUGUCGCAGCUGUUGUUGCGGCUUGUAUUGUGCUUUAUGGUGUCAUCAACGUGGGUGCUGUGAAAUGGUUUGGCGAAGCUGAAUUCUGGCUCUCAAUCGGAAAAGUCAUCCUCUUCUUCAUCGUCUUCUUCUUCACCUUCAUCACGAUGGUCGGCGGUAAUCCUCAACACGAUGCAUACGGCUUCCGCUACUGGAGCAAUCCAGGCUCUUUCGCAGAGUAUUUAACAAACGGCGAUCUUGGAAGAUUUCAGGGGUUUCUCGGCUCCCUUUGGAUCGCCGCUUUCACCUGUGUUGGCCCUGAGUAUGUCUCUAUGAUCGCUGGAGAAGCCAAGUUACCGCGCGUUUAUCUCAAGAAUGCCUUCAAAACCACAUACAUCCGGUUCGGUAUCUUCUUCAUCUUGUCAUCUCUCUGCGUGGGCAUAAUUCUUCCUUAUAAUGAUCCUACCCUUGUUGGUGUCGUUAGCGGGGGUGACGGUGCUGGAACAGGAGCUGCUUCUCCAUACGUUAUCGCCAUGGGGAAUCUUGGAAUACGAGUUCUUCCUCAUGUCGUGAAUGGGCUUCUCGUCUCAAGUAUCUUCUCGGCUGGCAACGCCCUGACAUACUACGGCACCCGGUCUCUUUACGGUCUGGCUCUUGAGGGACAAGCCCCAAAAUUCCUACUCAAAUGCACAUCCUUCGGUCUCCCCGUUUACUGUCUAGGAAUCGUCAUGCUGUUCCCGUUUCUAGCUUUUUUGGCCGUCUCAAACGACUCCGUUGUUGUCCUCACCUGGCUCACCAACAUCAUCACCGCCGCUCAGAUCAUCGACCAUAUCGUGAUCUCAAUUACGUACAUUUACUUCUACCGAGCUUGUAAAACACAGGGUAUCGACCGAAAGACACUCCCUUACUGUGGCUGGUUCCAGCCCUACAGCGCUUAUAUCUCAGCCGCGUUCCUCACAUGUGUUGUCUGCUGCUAUGGAUACAGCGUAUUCCUGCCUGGCAGCUUCACCAUUAGUGGCUUCUUCACUUAUUACACAAUGGUUCUUGUUGCGCCCAUCACCUUUUUCGGUUGGAAGUUUGCCAAGAAAACAAAAUUCAUCAAGGCAUCCGAGGCUGAUCUUGUCUGGGAGAGACCCUUGAUCGAUGCGUAUGAAGCGACCUUUGAGGAGGUGCCUGUGGGCUUCUGGACGGAAAUCAUCCAGAUGUUUGGCCUUAAGAGGAACAAGCAGAGUGGCACAGCAUGA